AAAUAAGAAGAUAAUAAGAAAAAAUCAUGUUGGAAGGAGCAGAAUAUUUCGAAAAGCAUAUGUUAGAAUACACUACUAAUGAAAUGUUAAAAGAAGUUUCCGUUAAUGAUCCUACAGUCGAAUUGAUUGCAUACGUAGAAUCUUUAACAUCUCCUCAACCAGCAGGAAAACAAAUGCUGCAAAAAUGCAUCUUGAACAAUUCGAGUGGAUCCAAAAUUUUGGUCAAAAUUUGGAACGAACAAAUAGAUCGUGUGAAAGGAUUUAUUCGACCAAAUUUUAUUCUUCAUGUGGAUGCAGCAUCAGCGAGAUGUCUCACGAACUACAGCAAUGAAGGAAAUGUCGGAUUCGAAUUGUCAAUUCAAUCAAAUACGAAAUUAAAUGUUUUGGGCAUUCGCGAGGAAAAUAUGGAUUCCGAAAAAAUUGAAGCUGAAACUUGGAGUUUAGAGAGCCUUGGAAAAUCAAAUAAUUCAACAUUAAUUAAAACUACUGGCCAUUUGAGAACCAAUUUUCAAACCAUCUUCCAACCCAACAACUACUCCAAAGUUCAUUUGUGCUUCGAUCACGGAUGGUGUUUUCAAACUAGAAAUAAGAGUUUUGGACACCAUGACACCCAUUUUGCCAAUUAACUUCAACAAAGGUGACAAAGUAGAAGUAAUAGGGCACAUGAGUUUUGGAGAUACGGGUCCACCUAUCAACGGAA